CUUCAUUUCUUGGUUUUUAGCAGCGAAAGGAAUACUCACCAAAGGCUUGUGAACAUUUCUGGAUAAAGCACUGGCUGGCUUAUUCAUCUUCGUAUGGUCAAUCGUGUUUCUGCAGGACCAAAGGAGCAGAUUGAAUGCUGUCAGAAGGGUACCUCAGUGGACUUGCCUACCGGAAUGACAUCCCCUGGAGUUGUGCGUCUUAUAAUGAGAACAUGGCUGAGGAAAAGGAAGAAGAGACUAACUCUGCUGCUCUUUGCUAUUCCUCUGUGGAUGAAACACAAGUCGGAAGUCUCUACCUGAGCUGCAAAUCCUCCGGCAAGUUCAUUUCUUCAGUGCAUUCAAGAGAGAGUCAACACAGUAGAAAUCAGAGAAUCACAGUGCUACAGACAAAUCCCAAUCCUGUGUUUGAAAGCCCAAACGUGGCUGCAGUUGAAAUAUGCAGACACCCCAGCAGAGAGACCUUCUUGGUUCCACCUUCCUGUAAAAGUAUUUGCAAGAAUUACAAUGACUUACAUAUUGCAGGGGGCCAGGUGAUGGCCGUUAAUUCAGUGACUACAGAUUUUCUCUGCGAGAGUAGUUUUGAAUACGGCCCUUUGCUGAAAUCAUCUGAGAUUCCUUUGCCAAUGGAGGAUUCCAUUUCUACUCAGCCCGGUGACUUUCCCCAAAAACCUAUCCAGCGGCAUUCAUCCUACUGGAGAAUAACCAGCAUCAAGGAGAAAAACAGCUUGCAAAUGCAGAAGCCUAUUUCUAAUGCUGUGCUGAAUGAGUAUCUGGAACAGAAGGUGGUGGAGUUAUAUAAACAGUACAUUAUGGACACCGUGUUUCAUGACAGUUCCCCUACCCAGAUUCUGGCAUCUGAACUCAUCAUGACAAGUGUGGACCAAAUUAGCCUCCAAGUGUCGAGAGAGAAGAAUCUGGAGACCUCAAAAGCCAGGGAUAUAGUCAUUAACCGCCUAUUACAGUUGGUGUCCACUGAAAUCAGUACUCCUAGUCUCCAUAUUUCACAGUAUAGCAAUGUGAAUCCAUAAUGGAGAGGAUGUUUCCAUUCCUCUUUGUCAACUCUCACAGCUAAAACAACACUUCAUUCAGUUAUUCUGAGAAUGUGGAGGAGGGGUUUGGGAAGGAGUCAAGAGCUAGAGAAGUAAACAUUGGCUGGAGGUCAGGUGUGAAUUAAGAGGAAAUCUCAUAAUAUUACACAUGAGGAAGGAAUGUGGGAAGAGGGGCUAUAAAGAGUGCUUUCAAAGCCAGGGUUGUAUAGCAACAAAGCAAAAAAGAAAAAUGAUCAAAAAAAGCAAAGGUAGGAUUCAUUUCAAGGAGUACAGAAAUCGAAAAAGAAGACAAGCCAAAGAAGAACACACAUCAUGGCAAAAGUAAAAGGCCAAAAGUUUCAGAGUAAAGAGUUAAGAAUGUUUGUUACUCACAAAGUCCCCCAAGUUGUUUUUUCUUGAGGGAAAUAAACUGUAGAAGGCUGCUAUAUUUGGGUAGAGAGACAGGUUCAAACAGUUUCAAAAUAUGUUUUUCUCUCUUUUC